UUCUGUCGUAAAAUGUUGCAUCGAAUGACAUAGCAAUACACAUAAUCAACAAUAUUACAACAAUUUAUUAAAAGAAAUGCGUUUGAUAUUCAGUUUAAAUAAAACGAAUAUCAAUGUAUUAUUGCGCCCGUGAACGCUCCGAAUGUUGUGUAUUGAACGGUAGGAAGCUGUGUGUGACUGUAUUAAUAGAAGAAAUUGUUCAAUGAAAAAGUCUUGUUAUACUCUGGAUUAUUUAAUUUUAAGACGUAAUUUUGGAUUUUGUAAUACGUUCAUCUGAUAUAAGAGGUAGAUCAGAAACUGGAGGAACACAUUAUUUUUUGUGACCUGAUAUUCCAAUAAGAACAAGCCUAAAAUUAUGGAAUACCAAGUUGACAGUUGCGUGUUCCAAUCAUCUAUGUCUUGCAAGAUGAAACUUUAUCUUGAAAUUCUUGACAAAGUUUUGAUUUGUCAGUUGGUUUUAUUGAAGUGUUGAUACAGAGGAGUAUUUGUUUUCUAAAUUAUGAGUAAGAAUUCAUCAGUAAAUGGGGAUGUGCAUGCUGACAAAAAAGAGGAGAGGGAUGAAUCGCCUAAAAAUAAGGCAGGCAAAACCAAGCAGAUGAGACAGAAAACAUCUGUGAUGGGUCAACGACUUGGAAAUAAACCACAUGGUCGCGGUGACCGUCAGUCGCCGGAAAGGGGCGGAUUGUCACGGACUAUUUCAGGACCCUCAAGGUUUCAGAUCAGGAGUAUUCUUUCAACUCGAGAGAAGGGAAAGAGUUCAGAAAGUUUAACAGAUGCUAAGGAAAAAAGGAAAGUUCAUGUAAAUACGGGUGGUCUGCGGAGUAGGAAAGAGUCUUCUAAUGAUCGUGCUGGAGAGAUAAAUAAACGAAUAAGGACCUUUAGUCUUCCUUCUGGUCAUAUGGAUGGAGAAUCUGACAGUGACCAGCCAGAGAAGCCUGCACCAGAAAUUCCAAUAGUAAAGCAUAAUAGUAAAGAGAGGACUAGUAAUCAAUUAGGUUUAGGUACAAGUUCAAAUUUAGGUGAUAGACAUGAUUCGAAAUCUAAAAUUGCUCAAGCACAGAAAGGGAGUGAACAAGUUAGUGCAAAUAGUGAUAGAAGUCUACAGAAGAUGGAGUUGGAUGAGAAAAAUAGAUCGGUCUCUAAUAAAAGUAAACCAAAGCUUAAAAAAUCAGUAACUAUUGAUGAAACAACCACUGUUGUUGAAAUUGGAAAAGAUUCUAAAAUCCUUGGAACAACAGAGGUUCCACUUCCUGAUACCGAAUUAGAACAAGCAACAAAUGAUAUGGGUGUUGAGAAAGUGGUUAAAACAAUAUCUGAUUCGGGCAUUGGCUCAAAUCUUGAUGGGAAAAAUGUAAAAGAUGAAUCAUCGAAAAGUGACAAUGAAAAAGAUCAAGAUGCCACCUUAGAGAAGAAAGAGAAAGAAGCAGAUGACGAAAAGAAAGAGAAUGCAGAAAAGAAAAAUGAAGCUGAAGAGAAAGCUGUUGCACAGUCUGAAAAUGGACGUUUCUUCAAGUUUGACAUUGAAAUUGGACGAGGGUCAUUCAAGACUGUUUACAAAGGCUUGGAUACCGACACUGGAGUGGCAGUUGCAUGGUGUGAACUACAGGAGAAAUUGGAAUUUUCAUCUGACAAAAAAUGGAACAAAAGCGAGCGGCAGCGUUUCAGAGAAGAAGCCGAAAUGUUGAAGGAAUUGCAACACCCAAACAUUGUGCGGUUCUACGACUCCUUCGAGCAGCUGAACGCGAGGAGUCGCAAGGUCAUCAUCCUCGUUACAGAGCUGAUGACAUCUGGAACCCUUAAAACGUACAUCAAGCGGUUCAAGAAGAUCAACAUGAAGGUGCUGAAGAACUGGUGUCGUCAGAUCUUGAAGGGUCUCCAGUAUUUGCACACGCGGACACCCCCUGUAAUCCAUCGCGAUCUCAAGUGUGAUAACAUCUUUAUCACUGGAACUACGGGCUCAGUAAAGAUUGGUGACCUGGGGCUGGCUACGCUGAAGAACAAAUCGUUUGCGAAAAGCGUUAUCGGUACACCAGAGUUUAUGGCUCCGGAAAUGUACGAAGAACAUUAUGACGAAUCUGUCGACGUGUACGCAUUUGGCAUGUGUAUGCUAGAAAUGGCCACGUCGGAAUACCCAUACAAGGAGUGCACUAACGCCGCACAAAUCUAUAAAAAAGUGACAAGCGGCGUUCUUCCAGAGGCCUUCGCCAAGGUGGAGAACCAAGACAUAAAAGAGAUAAUCGAAGGCUGUAUACGCAAUAAAAAAGGCCAAAGGUACAGCGUACGCGAACUGCUGCAGAACGACUUCUUCCUUGAGGACACAGGGCUACGUGUGGAACUUGCCGGACAAGACGAGGACGAACAGAAAAAUAACGUCAUACAACUCCGACUGCGUGUCGUUGACCCCAAGUUAAGAAAAGACAGCAGAAAGCGGAAAGACAAGCAUAAAGAGAAUGAAGCCAUCCAGUUUGACUUUGAUAUGGACAAUGAUGUUCCUGAAAAUGUUGCCCAAGAGAUGGUGAAGUCUGGUUUUCUUCAAGAGGAAGAUGUGCGUAUAGUUAGCAAACAGAUCAAGGACAGAAUUAGCCAGUUCUACCAUCAGGUGAAGAGGGAGAAAGAGCGCAAGGCUGAUGAGAAGAAAUUGGAGGAGGAGAGUGUGGCAGCCAGCUCCAGUGCGAGUGACUCCCAGCAAGGUAUUCUGGCCCCAGCCCCAUCACAGGAUGCUUCAAGAGACUCUGGGACACAGUCUAGCGUUCAGCAGACACAGUCACAGGCCAGUCAGCAAUACCAAGGUCAGGUUGGUCAGGGCGGGAUGGUUUACCAGAACCAGACUGGAGGCUACCAGCAAGUCUACCCCUCCCAGCCAGGUCAACAGGGUUCCUUCCAACCCCAGCAGGCUGCAGGGUAUCCGAACCAAUCAUCUGGUCAGCCCCACCAGUCCUAUUCUACUCAACAGGUUAAUGGCUAUCCUAGCCAGUCAUCUGGUCAACCCCACCAGUCCUUUUCUACUCAACAGGCUACAGGAUAUCCAAAUCAGUCAUCUGGCCAGCCCCAACAGUCAUAUUCUACCCAACAGGCUUCAGGCUAUCCUAAUCAACCCUCAGUCCAACCCCAACAGUCAUAUUCUACUCAACAGGCUACUGGCUACCCGAAUCAAUCAUCUGGUCAACCUCACCAGUCCUAUUCCAAUCAACAGGCAGCAGGCUAUCCAAACCAAGGCUCAGCUCAGCCCCAACAAUCAUACCAGAAUCAGCAGGGGCAGAACUAUCCCCAAAUGAUUCAACAGCAAUCACAAUAUGGACAGACAGGUACAUCCUCUCAACAACAGCCACCACCCCAACAGUCUCAAAGCUACCAACAACAACAACAACAUGCUGAUAUGCAAAGCGGAAGUAUUCAGCAGAUAGGAUACACCCAGGGUGGACAGCAGCCCCUGCAGGACGAUUCUAAGAUGCAGCAACAGCAUAGGAUGUCUGUGGAUGAUGGGAAGCCUGAAGGCCAGCCUACAAAAAGUGACCAGCAAACGGUUGGAACUGCCAGUCAGAUGACAGAUCAGCAGCAACAGAAUGCCGCCAGACAGCCUGAACCCAAGUCGUCCCCGAGCAAAUCUAAAAACAAGCAGAUAAGUCGGAGUGCCUCGACUCAAAGCAGGCUCCAUAAGAAGGCGGCAGGGCUGGGCCAUCUUGAUAUCUCCAGCGCCCAGCAAUUACAGCCGGGCCACUCCCUCUCUUCCACACCCUCUGGAGGGGCCGGGUCAGACUCUGCAGGUCCUGGGCUGGUAAACAGCCAGUCUCUCACCCAGCUGGAUGAUGUUCAGUCCAAUCGGGAGAGUGAAAGCGAGAGCACAGUCACCAAGGGUGAAGAGCGGAAACGCAAGCCAAGGGGUAAACGGCGCAAGACAGUGGACAAAUUCCCAUGUCUUACUAUCCUGUCCUAUGAGGGUGACGAGGUGGAAUGUCUGCUAGAACUACCGAAUAGAAAUGCUGUCACCUUCAAGUUUGCGAUUGAGAUCGAUAAGCCGGAGGAGAUUGCUGAAAGUCUGGUGCAGGAGGACUUGCUACUUGAGUACCAAGCCAGCUUUGUGAUUAGCCUGCUACAGAAGGCCAUAUCAAUGGUGAAUGAAGACCCAGUCACCUCAAAGAACGUUAUGCUGUUCAUAACAGACACGCCCACUUCUAGCCCAACCCAGCACAGAAAGGAAUUUAAGAUCCCAGAGAGCAAGGACCCUGCAAAGGAGAUGGCUAAGAAGCUUCAAUAUGAUAGUGAUGCCUCUGAAAAAGCUGCUGAAGAGAAGAUUCAAGAAGAAAGACUCCGUCCAAAGAUCUCCAUGAAAACCCGCCAUCCUAGUGGGGAAUGUGAAGACAAAGAAUCCACGAGAGUCAUUGAAAGCAAACGGAGAAGUUUCUACGUUUCCAAAGUAGUUGAAAGCAUUGCUAUAACCGAUAAGAUUCAAGAAGAUGUAGAAACAGAAGAAACUUCGGCUACACAGCUUGCUGUUGGGGCGACAGAGGGUCAUGAAGUGCAGCAGUCCCAAGACACACAGCAUACCUCCGUACAUCCCCCUCCAAGCAGUAUGUCUCACUCUCAGCAUUUUCAGUCAGAUGGUGAAUUCUCUGCGGUGUCUGAUUCUGAAAAGAGCACAAAGUCAAUCGGGAAAGGGACAGUUCCUGUGAAUAUUGGAGACCUGCAAGAAAAACUUGUGCAGUUGACAGGUGCCGGGUCUGUUUCUCAGUAUCCUCUUGAGAGUCAUAGUCCGGUUCCUUCUGAUGAUGGGGGUUCGACAAUUUCCCACAUAUCCCAAGGGCACUCUACCCUGUCUCAUCAGCAAUCUUCGCAUCAGAACAGUGUUGAUAAGCCAACUCAUCCGAGUGAAAGUACAACCUCCUUGCAGUCAAUGUCUGAGAGGUCGCAGGCUGGGAGCCAUGCCUCACACCAGCAACAGUCAGUACAUCAGACAGGAGGUGGCAGUCAACAGUCUGGCAAGAUGCCCCAGCAGAACACUGUCCCCCAACAACAGAGCUCUUCUGCGGUACUGCCACAGCCGAGUCAUCAGUCUCAAACGUCAACAACACAACAGCAACAAUCGCAACAGCAUUUACAGCAACAGCAAGCCCCUGUUACGCAGCCCUCAGAGAUGGGUAACAUGCAACAACAAGGGAUGUAUAACCAACAGAUGCCUGGGAUGCCAUACUUUCAAAUGAUGCCUCAGAUGUUUAAUUAUCCACAUCAGCAUCAACAGCAUCAGCAACAGCCUAUGAUGCCAUUUCAUCAAGAUCAGGUGCAAUAUAUGAACAUGCCUGUUCCUUAUAUCAUGACAUACGUACAAGGACAGAAUCAAAUGCAACCAAUGUUUAUGGUUAUGCCAAAUCAGAUGCCAUUUUUUGGAGCCUCGCAAAAUGUACAUCAACAGCAAAUGCAGUCCGAAACAAACACAGAGCAAGCACAAACUUCGCCACCAAGCACUCCACCUCAAGCCAGAAAACAGCCCAGUACUGAUAUUCCAUGUGACGCUGGUGGCGGUUCUGAUGCUCAGUCUCCAGCUCCAAUUAGGGAAAAUUACAGUUUAAAUAGUCUUGAACAAGAGUUGAUUAAGAAACUCCACGGAAGACCUAGGAAAGAUAUUCCACUGGCAGCUGUGGGGGCAAGUGGGUUUGGUUUGAAUGAUAGCUUCUCUACGACAACAUCAGAACAUGGUGGUACAAGGCUGCAUGAAGAUAAACCACAGUGGACUCAGUCUAUGGAAAGCUUAGCCAGUAUGCAUAGUGAACCAGCUGACUUAAACGAAACUCUGAAAAAAGUAGAUGAAGAAGGUGAACAACAGCAUUAUAAGACUGUAGGUUCAACUCCAAGUACACAAAGCCCAAUGAAAACUUCUACACCUGAUAAAAAUGUGGCGAAAAAGCUGAGAUUUCAAGUGAGUCGAGUUGAAGAUGAUCCUUUGAAAUUGAAUGAUAUGGAAAGUGGGAAAGAUGAUGUUGAUGCUAGUUUAAGUAAACUGGAUGAUGAUGGUGAGACUGUUGGACAAAUUGUUGAGGAGACCGAAAAGCCAAAAAGUGUUCAUGAUUCUGAUAAUAUUCCUAAAAAGAAACCUAAUCGGUUUGGUAGAUUUUCUGUGAUGAAAGUUAAUGAUGAUAAAGUCAAUAAUAGUGGGAAAGAAGAUGUACCAGAAGAAAAUGUAUCAGAAACAUUGCCAGUAGAAAUUGUUAAUGACAAUGCAUUAGAUAGACCUUUGCCUGUGAUAAACGUUAACAAUCCAGCAUUGUCAGAAGAUGAUGCAAGGGGUUUGAAAAUUGGAAUUGGUGAAUUUGAAAACAAGGAAAGCAGAAGAAAGGAUGAGGAUAAUCUGGAUGAUACGCAAGAUCAAGAAAAGAAAAUAUCAGUAAGUAACUUGCAACUGCAUGAUUUACCUUACCGUAAGAAAAGUAUGUCAUUCUUUGAGGGAAACGAGUCUCCCAUGAUUUCCAGCAACACCUGUAGCAGUUUUUAUAACACCCACAUGGAUAGGUACAAAAUUGCUAGUAGACGUAGAACUAAGUCUCUAGGUUCUAUAUCCCCGUGGGCGAGAUCCUUUGGUUCCAUGGGCAGUAGGCAAUCUUCAUUCGGGACCCAGACCCACCAGCACACGCAGUAUGGCGACGGUGAAACUCCCUCUCCCUCCCCUUCCCCCAUACACGACGAUAGGGGAUUCCCCGAUAGUAUAUUUGACAUAAUGUCAGUUGUUGGUGAGUCCUCGAUCUCAUCUGAUGAAUUGGAGAGUAAAGUUUGGCAAGAGGAUGGACAGGAAUCCGGAAUUGAUUCAGAACCACGGCCGGUCAGUAGGAUGAGGCCGGCUCGCCCGUUGCUUGUUAGACAGUGUAGGAAGGACAGUGACAGUCAACAGCAGGAGUUGUUGAAGCUUUCACAGGAUCUAGAAUAUCAACAGUUGAUUAUAAGACAAUCUCAAGAAAGAGAAGCUCUUCAGAAGAAGCAUCAAGUUGAGAUUGAAGAAUUCAUAAAGUUGAAGGGCUAUUCCUUACCAGCUUCACCGCUACUUUCCACAGCCAGCGGGAGUCUAACAACGCCGAUACUUAGUCCGCUAAGCAUCAGUAACAUACCAAAUCCUCCACCUCUGCCAGCAUCCCUGAUGUCUGUGCACUUACGCGCUGGUGAGAACUAUCCAGUUUUCUCUGUAGCGCAACCAAGACCUGGCAGUAAGGGAAGUGCUGGGUCGUUUAAUGAGGAACUGUUUCAAUGUUGGCAAAAUUUUACUACUAAACAGUAUGGAGGUAGAAGCGCUGGUGAAAACAUGCAUGAACAAGUGAGUCGAAAUUCAGUGGUGGUUUCUAGCGAACCGUUCGAUCCAAUAAACAGUCCAAGGGUAUUGUUCACAUCUGCGGGAGACAGUGGAAGAAUUUCUGAUGUCGAUUGUCAAGAUUCGAUUGCUCAAACUAGUGGCCAGUCUACAAAUGUUAUUCCUAGUUCACAGUUUCUCGUGUCGGGUAACCACCUGUAUAAUUACUAUCCUGGAAAUGCUUUGCCUACUUUCGCUACUUUGCCUUCCCCUUUCGCGCCUCAACAGAGCGUAGGAGCCGGACUUCUACCUAUGACUUCGCAUGAGACAGUUUUACCCGUAACAACUUCUGCAUCUUCUGGUUUGACUGUAGAAACCAGCUCCGUGAGAACUGUUCCCUCGACGAAACCACAGUCAUGAAAAAAUGGUGAUUUGGACGGGAAAAUUGAUUUUCUGACUUCAGUGGUGAAUGUCUUGCGGUUUUGUUCCAAAGUGAAGCUAAGUUUGAAGAUAAUACUACUUGUCUUUCAUUAUUGCCUAGCAAUUUCAACUAAUUCAUAUUUUCGAAGAUGUUAGCUAUAGAACAAAACAAUGCAAGAGGAAUUGAAAUGAUUAAGAUGUGAUUACAUAUGGAAAGAGAUUAUUUGUGUAUGACUUUGUUAAGUAUUAGGUGUACCAGUGCGAGAGAUUGGAAGUUCAGGUUAUAAUUAUCAUAGCAUGCUUGAAUGGUGUAAGGGUUAAUCAUGAGUGUGGUGAUAGGAAAAAUAUCCGCAUUUUGUCUCGGAAAUAUAACACAGUGCCAUUAUGAAAUUCAAUGCCUUCAUUUCAUUAGAUGUGAAACUAUGAUUUCGGUCUACAAACUUUGUAUAUUUGUAACAGCAUUUAGAUUGCAAUUUGUAUAAAUUUUAAAUUGACUAUUUCAUUUUGCAAUUCAUAAGUCCGACAAAGGAUGCGAAUUGUCAGCGGAUUAUUUUUUAACUGUUUAAAAAAAUUAACUGGUUGCUUUUGGUGGUUUCUUUAUUUUUUGUUAUUAUUCACUCUAGAGAUUCUUUCAAAUUUGAAAUAAGGAGAGCCCUCAAAAGGGCUUCUAAAAAGUCAGUUUAGCUCCUGGGGCAGGGUGCUUCACCUCCUUAACCCCCAUUGAGGGCCUAAAGUGCUGCCCAAACACAUCAAAAAGGUAACAGCCCUUUGACUACCAGGGCAAUCAAAUCCCUUAGUCUUUUAUUCAUGCUUUUUCGCUACAAACUGUAUUUAUUUUGUUCAGAAGAAAAUGAAAGCAUCAUUAUGAAAGCAGAAACAUUGUACAUGAUGUAAAUGAUUAGUAUGUUUAAAAAGUUGUUAAGGUUUUGAUUUAAUAUUUAGUAAGCAAAGUUUUGCUUUACUGCUGCCCGAGAUUGUUUCGCUAGCUGUGAUAAUAGUAAUUGAUGUAACAUAUAUGAUUACCUUCAUGUAUAGAUUUUUGCGUAAAAAAAUGAUAGGAUUUUUCAUACUUGGAUAAAUUUUCUCAUUUAAUGUCAAAGAUUAAGAGGAGAAGAUUAAAAUAGAUGUCGAGUAUUUUUUUUUUUUUACUUUACCAUAAAAUGGGCUGUAAAUUAUUUUGGGGUAGUGGAUUCAUUAUAUUAUUGGACAAAUAUCCAUGAACAAUCAUUACUUUAUACAUGUAUACAUUGUGCUUUACUUAUGACAUACUUAUUUCUUCAAAUAAGUGUUUCGGCUUCGUGCAAUUUAUGAAAACAAAUGUCAGGAUUUAUAGCUUUAUAUUGAAAAACUUGCAGCAAUAUUGUAUGUUGGUUUACAAUUGAACGUUUUGGGUAGUAGAUUACAUUUAUUUCCUGCUUUUUAGUGGUUUAUUUAAAAAGUAAAGGUGAUAAAACUUUCUGGAAAGCUUAACUUCGCUGUGAAAAAGCAAUGUUUACACAAACAAUGCUGGAAAGAAAAAUAAAUGACCUCAUUUCUGCUUUUACAUCAUUUGGCUUAAAUAUUCACAAUUUCCCUAUAAUUAUGAAUUAUUUAUUAUUUUUCGUGAAUUUUAAGCAUGAAAUAAUAUAUUUCAACUUGUUCACACCAAAGUCACUCAUGAAACAUAACACUAUAUGUUAAGAAACAUAAAAAGGCCAAAAUUAAUGUCAUGUUUGUCAGGCACAGCUUUCUUUUAACCUGAUGGAGGUCAGCGUCAAUAUUCACUAACUUCUUGGGUCGGAAGUUUCAGAAUCAGACUAAAAAAAAAUGUAUUUUUUAAAUGUUUCAAACGAUCUAAAAUAUGACUAAUUUUGACCAGAGUUGAUUGCCUGAUUGUAGAGCAAAUUAUGUGUAAUACAUGCAUCAAUUUUUACUAUCUUUGCUCCUUUAAUAGCAUUUACAACAUAAUUAAAAUUGAGCUUGACUGAGUCUGGGUCUUAAAUUCAGGCUCAGGAUGUUGGUGAAAAUCGGUCCAGAAUUUCAUUGUUUUUUUUUUUACUAACAUAUUUUUUAUAUCUAAAUUAAUUAUGUCUAAGUAGACAAUUUAAAAACAAGCAUUGGUUGAAUAAAAUAAGAUAUAAAAAUUAUUGUUAAAAAAAUCAAUGUGGCAGUGUCUGAGAAACUUAACAUUUUAUAUUUGGCCUAUUGCUGACUUAAGUAUAUGUGCAUUGAUUAUUCAUUGAUUAUAUAAACAGCAUGAUGAAAUGUGUUUCUGUAUAUUUGUGGACAACAUAUGUAUGUUUAUUUAGCAAUAAUGAUCAGUGGAGCGGUCAUUUUUAUGUUUUGACAAAAAGUGCUAAGGACAUAGUAUUGUUUAUAGAGUUUUAUUUCUUUUUUUAAUUUAUUUUGAAUUGUUGACAGUAUUUUGAUUGAAGGAAAGCUGUAUAAUAAUGUUUCUGAACUAAAGAUGAGAAAAGACA